AUGGCUACAGGUGCCAGCAGGAUCCCCCAGUGCCAGUAUUUGGCAGGGAACAUGAACACCAUACGCAAGCACUGGCAGAACAAGCACAGCUGGUCGCCAUAUCCCAGCCGUGGCCGUACAGCGCCACAAAAGCGUACGGCAGCACAGGAUGAGGUGGACAGAUCAUGCCAGAAGGUGCAGUUCCAGCAGAUAUUUGCAUCGCGCAAGGGCUCCCACUACAUACAGAUCCAGACUAAGGAGACUACUGAGCAUACCGGCACGCCAGACCAGAACAGAGCCAGCCAGGCCAUUGAUGAGCUGGAGCGAUUUUACCAGGAACAGCAACGGCAGACCAGCAAUGUCAUCCAGGCCGGGGAGCACGAUGAAGCCAACCCAUGGCUGCGGCGGACCAGAUGGCCGGUGUACUUGACCAACAUCGCACCCAAUGAUCUGGUCAACUGCGUGCAGCGGCCCGAGGAUGACACCACGUGCCCAGAUGAACUGGCCGCGAGGGCCAUCGGGAGGCCAUGGGGCAGGUUGCCCGUACCAGCCAGCGAGUCAUCACACGGCUGGGCCACUUCGUCCGCAUCGAGGCCAUCCGCACAGAGCGACACCAGACCCGGCACACCCCGUUGCAGGCAUACAUGGAUGAGGAGAGCAUCGCCGAGCACCCCACAGUACCGGUUCACACCACGGCAGCGCAAGACAUGGAGGGUAUUAUGGCAGGUAGCCACCACAGAGGGAGCCGACCAGCGACACCCCAUCAGCCCAGACCCCAUGGAUGAGCAGAUGACUGAGGAAGAAGAAGAGGAGGAGGAGAAGGGACAGAGAGAUACGCAGUCAGAAGAAGAAGAUAAGUUCAAAUCAACCAAGAUCCAGAUGGCAUGUUUGGAUUUUUGCAUUGAGCUGCUGGACCAGCGGGUUCAGGUGGAGGAUUAUGAGUGCGCGCUGGUAGACGCGUUGGCGGUGCUGGGACGGGGGGAGUAUGGAUGGCGCGACGCGGAGAGCUAUCCAACAGGUGGGGGUGGAAUGGACGUCCAUUCCAUUCAGGGCCGUAGUGGAUAUGAAAUACAACAUAUCCAAAUCAAAAGCGAUAAUUCCGCCGGGAAGGGGUUACAUUGUGGUGUCAAAGUCAAUGAGUUGAGGUGGGGGUGGAAUGGACGUCCAUUCCAUUUAGGGUUAGAAAACCUUAGAAAACCGACCAAUCAGAGCAGGGCAGAUUGGGCGUACAUUCCAUUUGGUUUCAGACGCCGUAGUGGAUAUGAAAUACAACAUAUCCAAAUCAAAAGCGAUAAUUCCGCCGGGAAGGGGUUACAUUGUGGUGUCAAAGUCAAUGAGUUGAGGCAACGGAGCGGUGCAAAGCGGUGCAAGAUCAACAAAGUAAAUUAA